GAUCUCUCAUCUCUCUCUCGGCAGAACCACAAACUCACAAGAAAAGAGGACCGCCGAGAAAGGGUAGAAGAAGAGAAUGGCGGCGGAGGUGAGUUCCAUCGCCAGGAUGCUCCGCGGGGAGGCGGGGAGGGGGGGUAGGGCCGGCGCCGGGAAGGCGCCGGAGGUGGUGACCAUGGAUCUGCUCGGCGGGUGCGGCGGCGACGCCGGCGGGGUGGACGAGGUCGUCGACCUUGAGGUCAAGGUGCCCGCCGGCUGGGAGAGACGGCUCGACCUGCUGUCCGGCAAGACGUUCUUGACUCCUCAUCGCCACCAGGCUGCCCAAGACGGCCACCAGGACCUCAACCUGCCUCCCACGGCAUCCACCGCUCCCGCUCCCGCCGCCGCCGUCACCACCACCUCCGCUGGGGUCUGCACCCUCGACAUGGUCCGCUACGCCCUAGAGUGCGCUGCCGCCGCGCGGUCAGCCCGCUCGCCGGACACGUCCUCCUCUUCGUUGGCGUCCACCUCAUCCUCGUCCUCCUCCCUGGGAAAGCGCAGCCGGUCGCCGCCUUCAAGCACGGCAUCGCCCGCCGCGAACCCGGCCAUGCGCGCGUGCGCGUGCCCGUCCUGCUUCACGUACGUGCUCAUCGCCGAGGCCGACCCCUGGUGCCCGCGGUGCGCAUCGAAGGUGCCGCCGCUCCCCAGUAAGCCCGCCGCCCACAGCAGCGGGAAGAAGCCGAAGAUUGACCUGAAUGCAGACGCCGAUGAGACAGAGUGAACGGGAAAAGUAGAAAGAUGAAUGAUCUUUUUCUUUUUGGAAAAGUUUUGAAGUCAUCAAUUGGUUGGGAAGCGGGAGGAGCCCCGCCGGCUGACGGCGCUAAAAUGUUCUUCACCACCGCCGUGGCGGAGAUCCACGUCGGCCGGGCAACGAGUUCCUCGUCCUUGUGUACUCCGGUGAAUCGUAUGCUGCAUCAGUCCUUGUCUCCUUGUGUACUCCGGUGAAUCGUAUGCUGCAUCAGCACCUCCAUCGGGUCCGCCCAUAGCAGCGGAGGCAAGUGCCUGUUGUUGACUUUGCACACACCUAGGAAUCUCAGUCGACACUUUUUUGCUCGCGGAGGCCAUGAAAGCGAUGUAGGAGUAUAUAACAGAAAUCAUUUUAUGUUUGCAAUUUGGUAUACAAAUCCCGUUGAUCACUGAUUACACACACAGGGAGGAUUUGUUUGCCACACAUAGAUAUGCCAUAUCCGUUGGUCUUG